UAAAGGUUUUAACCUUUCACCUUUGCGAGUGUAAAAAGUUCACAACGUUCACAAUAAACAAAGAAUAAACAUAAAUAGAAUACACAUUAAAAUUUAAUCAAUUACUAAUAAAGCAAAUACUUUAGGCUGACUGUGACGGCGGAUAACCUUACUAAUUGAAUUUGUUGUAUUGACGUGUGAAAAUGUCGGUAACAUUAAAAACUAAGGAUAACAAACCUGAGCCUAUAGCGUACAGCGAAGUAGCAUUGAGAAAUAAUGCAAUUGUUGUUGAAUAUUGUCGGACAUCUAUGUCUGCACUAUCGGGAUCCACGGCAGGUGUGCUUGGCCUGACUGGAUUAAAUGGAUUUGCAUUCUACAUGUUCUCGGUUAUUGUUCUAUGGGUAAUGUUCAUGAUAAAGGCAGGUCCGCACUGGCAAAAGUACUAUGUGUCUCGGCAGAGUCUCUUCACAAAUGGCUUCUUUGGAGGUCUAUUUACGUAUGUCCUGUUUUGGACAUUCAUCUACGGGAUGGUUCAUGUUUAUUAAGUUAUAAUAAGUUAGCUAAGUUACAAGUAAGGCGAGUAUAGUGUACAGGAAUUAUUUGUUGUGAAAUACUUGGGCCGGUGAAUAUUCACAUUCAUUCAUUUGGAAAUAAGAUGAAAUUAACAAAUACAGAAACAUAACAGGCCAUCCACACAUCUACCGAAUAACGUGACAAACAACGAACACAUGGGGACGGCGUUAUACAGAGAAGCGAGAAGGAAAUAAGUACAUCUCUUUUCUUCGUAUAGUGCUGUCCCUUUGUGUUUGUCACGUUGUUCGGCAGACGUGUGGAUGGCCUAUAAACUCCAUCAUAUGUAUUACAGACAGACUUUAAUUUUAUUAUUUGUUCAUAUGGAUAUUCGGUUGAAAAUAUGGGUGUGAGCGUUGUAUGAUGUUGUAAGCAUUUAAUUUUAUUCAGGUGAAAAAAAGGCUGUGUGCCGAGCACACGUGUCAGAAGCGAAACUUCUUUGGCAAGAUUCAAAGAUAACAAAAUAAUUG